UGGUGUACAUGUUUUAUGAUAUAAAAAUUUUAAAAAGAUUAUUUACAAACUUUAACGAUUUUCUUCACUAAGCUUGAGUAUCUUUUUUACAAACAUCUUCCUAAUGGCAUAGUUCCUACGGUUACUAAGAAUUUAAAUUUCCCUUGACAUUUUUGUCAGAUUGCUUUUAGCAGCGGCAGGACCGUCACUUUGUUUACUUACAAUUUUGUUCUUUUUAUCUCGAAUAUAAAUGAACUAAUAACAAAUGGUUCCCAAAAACAAAUUGAAAACCUAUGCUGGUCCAAACAAAAGCCUGGUAAACACCUCCGUCGAUGUAUUCAACAAAUUAUUGGCGAAGAACUUAUCAAGAAGGAUAAUAGGAGUGAGGAAAAACAGAAAGCAAAAGAAAACCUUUAUAAAAGAAUUGCCUGAAAGAGCAGGUCGCACCCUGCUAACUGAUGACUCCUUCCACAUUUCUACAGAAGAUACAUUUGACAAGCUAUUAAAGACAUCUAUUAAAAAUAAUGUUGGUCGGAGAUCCCUUUUAAAGUAUGGAAACAAGUCAUCAAGAUCACCAGUGUGGACAAGGAGUAAAAGCAAGAGUUUUUCUCGAAUUGAAAACUCUGCUUCACAAAAUGGGUUAGGAAGCCUAGUUAAAACGAGUGGUGUUAGUGAGAGUGCUUCUCAAGGUGGUGCUUGGCAAAUAUCAGAUGCAUCAAAAACAAAACAUACUUCAUGUAGUGUAUGCAGAACACCAGUUCGGAUGCAGCCUGAUGGUAGUGUUUCACAACACAGAAACAUUUUUCAAGCAUCAGAUAGACAACAUGAUAAAAGCUCCAGUAACUUUCUUUUGCAAAGGUUUCAACAAACUACAAUUGAUCCUGUGUAUGACAGUAUAGCAGUAGAAGUAGUCAAGCCAGCUAGGAAAAGUGUGUAUUCACCAAUAAGUUAUAUCAAGGUACCUGAUGUAUCCAAAAUAAAAAAUGCCUCUGCUGACACCACACUGCCAUACAGUUUCGUAAAAAGCUUCAGGGAUCAACCUGUAGCCAACAGUACACCAUUUCAGCCUAAUAGACAUAGGACUGUGUUUCAAUCAAAAGAACCAGAUACCUUGGAGGGCACAAAUAUACUGCAAAAGUCGCUUGCAGAGAUACAGAGUUGGGGUGAAAAAGUCCCCGAUUUUACUGAUCCAGCAAAAGAAACCGAAAAGUCCAGAAGUAGCUUAGAUGCACUGCCAGAAUUAUAUGGAUUCGCUCACAGUGCACCAGUUACAUCAGAGGCCCAAAGGAGAAGAUGUUCACUGCAAAAGUUUACAAGUAGUGCACCAGAGCGCUACCACAAUACUCAUUCACUAGUUGUUAGUUUAGAAGAAUUCAAUCAGUUCCAAAGCAAGAACAGUUUCUAUAUCAGCGGUCAAAAUUCUAAUGGGGUUGUACACUCUAUGUCUGGAAGUGAGCAUACUGUGCAAAACGAUUUUGUGACAAAAAGACGAAGAAUUGUAAAAAAUGUCUCAACUGAUGAUAAUUUAUUGACGAGAGAGUGUUUAGUUGUUGUAGAAAGGUGUGAUGAAGCAUACAAAAAUCAACUUAGUAGAAGAUCUCAUUCAUCUGAUAAUACAUCUGUUAAUUCAGUCUGUAGUAACGUGUCUGAUAAAGAAUUUGAAGACUUCUAUGCUAAGAAUCAUCAAAGUGUUAAAGAACAGUAUGCAACAGAUAGAAGACAAUUAGUUGUUAAGCUGACUAACAUUGACAUCAGCAAGUCUCUCAAAAUAACUAACACUGCCAAUAGUGAUCUGCCAGAAAACUCCCAUAAUAAAGAUUCUAGGAAAUUAAGUAAAUCAUAUAAAAGUAACAAGGUAGAGUUAAGUAAUGAUCUUGGGAUAAAUGUUACACGACAUGAUUGUCCUGUGAAGGACCUUGUGGUGAACUUGACACUUGACAAAUUUGAUACAAAUACAGCUCAAACUGAACCCAAAAUUGAAGAAAAAAAUCUUGUUAUAGAACUAACUUUAAACGAUUUUAUGAAGGUAGACAAAUAUGAAAAUUCUAGUAAAUUAGUUGACGUAUCUUGUCAAGUGAAUGCAGUGUGUUCUCAGAUAAUUGAUCUUACAGAUUCAAUCCAGAAUGUUACAAAGACUGACCAUAGAUAUAGUGAAACAUUUACUGAAACUAAAAUAACGAAUAUAAAUAACUGUGAUGGUAAUGCAAUACCAGAAGAAACCAAUGACGAUCAAGACCAAAGUAAUUCUGAUAACCGUUUGACGAAUCUAGACAAUACAUUGUUAGAUACUCAUGGAAAACGUACAGAAGAAAUGAAAAAUGAAGUAGAUAAUUUGAACGAGUUGUCCGUCAAUGGAUCGGUAGAUGUGAUAGACAGCUCACUUAUUGAGGCGCGUCGUGUAGAAGAAAAUAUUUUUAAAGUACCUGAACCUAUCAAGAAGAAAUCUGUCUUGCUGAGGGCGGGCAAACACUGGAGGAGGUCUCUAAGUGUUUAUAAGAACGUUAGCAUAAUUUCGGAAGAUGUCCAGGAUGAUGACGGAACAUCUUCUGAAGCUGGGACUACCACAAAUGAUACUUUAUCAGGACGGAACAAACGAGUUUCUGUGAGAAUUGUUCCUUCGAAUUUAUCUGUGAUAACUAGAAAAGUAGAAAGACCUCAGUCCUAA